AUGAGUGAAAGAGAUGGGGAAAUUCAUAAGGAAUAUAAGGAGGAAAAUAUAUUAGAUGAUAAAGAAAAAGAGUUUAGAGGUAACCAAAAUGAACUAAAUGAAAAUGAUACUAAAAAUAAAAGUGACAGAACUUAUAUAGAUCCUAAAAUGUAUAAUAAAUUCAAGAAUGAUGGUUCUUUUUUAGAACAGGUAUUAGCACUACAAAAAGAAAAAAAAGUAAGAAAAUCAAAAACAUCAGAAAACUCAGAACCAAAAAAAAAAAAAACAAAAAAAAAGGAUGUGGAAGAAAAAAAGGAAAAAUCAUUAGAUUCUAAUGUGAAGGACGAACAAGAUGAUGUUGAAGAUGAAAGAGAAACACAAAUUAAAAAUGAAUAUAUUGAAAAAAUAAAUAAAAUGAAGGAACAAGGAUUUUUCACUGAUAAGGGAAUAGGAGCAGGAUUAGUUAAAUAA